GCUUACAAAGUGCUUUUUAGAAGCGCUGGCUAAGGUUGGGCUUACACGGCGCUCUUUACAAGCGCUGCCUGAAGUCCUUUAAUUAAAAAAAACACGAAAACAACUUUUUCUCUGAAACUCUUCUCCAUGUUAUCGUUCUAUGGUUCUUCUACUGCCAAACGAAAAAACCCUAAUCUUCUGAACCCACGGCCGCGAACAAACCUUCUAAUUCCACGAACAAACCUUCUGAAUUCGAAGAACCCUAAUCGAACCCACGGCCGCGAAUUUCCUCUUUCUUCUCUCACGCAAAUCGCUUCUAAAUCGCUUCUUCUUUCACGAAAUCACUGCUGAAUCACACAAAAAUCGUUUAUGAAAUUGCUUCUAAUCGCUUUUGGGUUAUAUCUUCUUCGACAUUAGAGGAGGAAACUUCUGCUAUCAAGGCAGCAGGAAAACCAAGGUUAUCGCUCGUUAUCAUUGUUGGCAGUUUUUCUCUUCCAGUUGCUUCACUACUCUUCGAUUGUGUAUUUCAUCAUUGUUUGUGAAUCCCAAGUCAAGACUAUCUACAAACACUUGUGAGUCUUUGAGUGAUAAUUCCAUGGAUAAAAAAUGGAUGAAUGUCGAUCGAAGGUCAAAAGAGUACGAGAAUGGGGUAUUGGAAUUUGUUAAGUUUGCUGUUGAACACGUCAAGGACGUCGGUCGAAUGAAAUGUCCUUGUUUGGGUUGUUGUUAUGGGGGUCCAGUUAGUACAUACGAAGCUAUGAAGAAGUUGGUUGAUACCGUUAUACAAGUUUUUCGAGCACAAAGAGGAAGUCAAGUACCAAAGAGUAAAGCCAACAACAUCACAUGGAUUCAAGUGGAGUAUCCUGGGCAGCGUAAUGAAGUAGAUUGCGGUUUUUACAUGUUGCAGUUUAUGAAAGAAAUUCUUCUUUCGAAUCAAAUAGAGAUUCCGUCCAAGUAUUUUGAUGACUUCAAGUGUGCUACUUACUCAAAAUCUAAGUUGGAUGAACUUAAGGAGGAAUGGUGUCAAUUCAUGAUUGGGUUGAAAGUUGUAUAGGAUAUUGAAGGGUAAAAAGGUUAGCUGGCAAGAAGAAAAAGUAGAUAUUUAGCAUCCUUUUGACUUGUGUAAAAAAUAACAAUGUUUUGGAUAAUGCAAUUGUUUUCAUUGAAUUGGAUGUAAUUUUGUUGUUGUUUAUUAAUAUAUUCUUAGCAUCUUAGCUCUGAAAAAUAGAGUUUUUUUUUUGUUGUUUAUAGGUGAAAUUUGUAAUGGUAUAUUGUACAGGUGUAAAAUGUGGUGAAAACCUGGGGCAAGCCUUUUUUAAAUA